AUGUGGGGAAAAGGUGUGAAACUGGAAAUUUACAUGCAACCCUUGAAGAGGUCUUUCCUUGUCUGUAUUCCCAAUGAAUUUAUCAGAACUAAAGCUCUGGAAAAGCGAUUGUGGUAUGUUGGCUCCUCGAUGUUCCAUGUCUCACAAUGGGGAUCAUCUACUACUUCUGUCAUCCAAGAGAUAAAGUCUAUCCCCCUAUGGGCUUAUCUCUCAGGUGUUCCGUUUGAUCUCCGAACCAAAGAAGGCCUCAGCCUAGCAGCAAGAUUAGUUGGUGAGCCUAUUGAAACUGAUGACUACACCAAGAACCUCACUGAUCUCAAUAUAGCUCAUGUGAAAGUUGAAGCUGAUCUCACUAAGCCUCUGCCUUCAUCUGGUGAACUUCUGCGACAGAACGAAGAGACAAUUCCAAUAGAAAUAAUGUAUCCAUGGGUUCCUCCAUUUUGCACUCAAUGCAGUCGAAUUGAACAUGUGAAAAAGACUGCAUCUACCCUGCUAAUCCUAGUGAACAAGAGGUCUCUCGGAGCAUCAAAGCGUACGCAGGUAGCUGUUCCUGAUCCUCCUGACUCUGAUGAAUCCCUUGAUGCUACUAUGACUGAACAAGCUGAGCCUAGCUUAACAGCUAUGGUUUCUCUGUCCCGGACCUGCCUGAUCAUGAUGAAGAGGUAA